AUGGACCGCCCUCUCACCUGCUGUGUAAAUCAGCUGUUUGCUGCAGUCCUUGCUGCAGUACAGGCAGUGACUGCAGCAGCAGCAACAGCAGCAGCAGCAGCAGCAGCAGCAACAGGUGCUGCUGCUGAUGUGUUGCACAUGCAGCAAGCGCUGCAUGCAGGGCUGUACGCCCUUGUGUGUCUCUGCGGGCGUCACAGCAUCCUCCUCUUUGGCCAGCUGCAGCAGCAGCAGCAACAGCAGCAGCAGCAUGGGAACCUGCAGCAGCAGCUGCUGCAGCACGUGCUGCUGCAACCGCAGCUGUGUCUGCUAGCAGAGCAGCAGCGGCCUGCAGCACUGAAGGGCCUCUGUCUGGGGGACGCCUCAGAGCUGGCGGGAGACUCUGCUGCCCACGACAGGCAGGAGUUGCUGCUGCAUAUGUUAGGCGUGCAGCAGCACACGCUGCAGCAGCAACAGCAGCAGCAGCAGCAGCAACUGCUGCUGCAAAUACCAGCAGACCCCAUGCAUGCUCUUGCUGCUGCUCUCCUCACCGCAGCAAAACCUGCUGCGCUACUGCAGGCCGUCCUCUCGCAGCUGCGCUCCACCGGUGCGCUGCUAGCUUCUGCCUUCAGCAGCAGCAGCAGCAGCAGCAGCAACAGCAGCAGCAGCAGCAGUGUUGGUGUUGCUUCGUUUGAGCUGUCUAGACAGCUGGAGCUGCUCGCCAUGGCCGUCAGCUGCCUGCCGCUAGCGGAGGCCCGGAAGCGGCAGGCAGUGCUGCAGCAGCUGGCGCUGCUGUCGGGGCAGCUUGUCACUGCUGCUGCAGCACAAUUCGACCAGCAGCAGCAGCAGCAGCAGCAGAAGCAGCAGCAGCAGUUGCUGGCAGAGGCAGCAGUAACCCUUUAUGGAGGCCGCAUCGAACAAACCCACGCGGUCCUUGUUUGGGGGCCCAAGACGGGGGCAAAGUUGCAGCAGCAGCAGCAGCAGCAGCAUGAAGCAGCAGCAGCAGCAGCAGCACUGCGGCCGCUGCAGCGGUCGUUUGUAUGGCGGGUAGAGGCUGCUGCUGCUUCUCUGAUUUGCUGCUGGGCGUUGAAGCACGACAUGCAGCAGCUCCGUGAGUGUCUGCAGCUGCUGCUGCAGUCGCUGCGUGGUUCUCGGUCACUGCUGCUGCAGCAGCAGCAACAGCAGCACCAGCAGCAGCAGCAGCAGACAGCAGCAGCACUAACAAUACAGGAAGCAGCAGGAGCACGGCUCUAUGCCUUGGUCGUUGGAGAGCUGCUGCGGUCCUUCGGGGAGACAGGAGCAGCAGAAGGGCUGCUGCAGGAUGCUGCAGCAGACCUGGCUGCUGCAGUUGAGGCAGCAGCAACAGCAGCAGCAGCGGCAGCGCAGCAGAAGCACGAACAUAAGCAAACUGCUGCAGCAGACAGCAGCAGCAGCAGCAGCAGCAGCAGCAGCAGGGAUGGCUGGUGGAUCUUCGAUAUUUGUUGCCCUGCAUUGGCAGCAUUCGGGGAGGGGCUCCGCUGCUGGAAUAAAAAGACGAGUGGUUAG